AUGAAUCCAUGGGAGCUGCAUGCCUUGGAGUACCACUUCGAUACCGAAGACCAAGAUGCAGCCGAGACGACGUCGAUACAAUCAGUGGCCAUCGCGCCCAAGGACUCCAUACACGAUGCCAUCAUCUAUCCCGGCAUAUAUGCCCCCAGCGGCUACGACAUGAUGGGCAUACUGAUCAGAGUCAUGACGAGGGCGAACGCUGUGAUAGACCUCGGUGCCAUCGAUGCUUCAUGCGCCCUCAUCCUGUGCGAUCUGAAACAACCAGACUGCCCCGUCGUAUACGCCAACGAGCCGUUCUCCCAGUUGACUGGCUACACCCAGCAGGACAUCAUCGGGCGCAACUGUCGCUUCCUACAAGCACCAGGCGGCAAGGUCCGAAGGGGCUCGACUCGCUCGCAUAUCGACAAGGACCUCAUCAAACAGAUGCGCCGCUCCGUCGAAGCCAACAGCGAACUCGCCGUCGAAGUCGUAAACUUCAAGAAGAACGGACAACCUUUCAUCAAUUUGCUGGCCAUGGUCCCCAUCUGCUGGGACAGCGCCGAGCCGCGCUUCUCGGUCGGCUUCCAGGCAGAGAAAACCUGGUGA